AUGUCACAAAGUCUAUUCUCAUCACCACUGCUUCGUAAUGUCGCCAAUGUGCUUCCCUCGGCCUGCCGCUGGAGUUCAAGUUCGACCGCAGCGAUGAGCGCUUUCGCCUCCCAGCGCGCCUCCCCUUCCCACAAUCAGACCCCUAGAGCCUCGAUCCGACGUCGACUACCCAACCGCCUGCGAUUCCUGGAGGAACAAAAAGCCCAGGGCGAGAGUCGAGCUCUUGAGAAGUUUCAGACUCGUGACUGGAAGGCUGGUGAUGUCUAUGCUCCUCACGAUCUCAGCCCGGCCGAGAUGAAGAAAUGGGGCAAACGCAAGAGCCCUUCGCGUGAUGCUUUUGAUGCUUUGAACUUGAACCCAUUGGAGCUGUACAGGAAUUUCUCGAUCAUGUCCGAAUACGUGUCUCCCCUCGGCCGGAUCAAGUCCCGCGACCAGACUGGUUUACGACCAGUCAACCAGCGCAAGAUUGCUAAGGCGAUCCGUCGAGCCAUGGGCCUCGGUCUCAUGCCAUCAGUCCACCGACACCCUGAAGUUCUUGCGGCAGACAUGAAGGCCAGGUUGGACAACUCGUUCCGGUAG